CGGCGAGCGAUGAAAGAUGCUGCGGCGAGUGUGCGGCACAGAGCUCUUCACGGCCUCCAAGGUGAGCCACUUUGCCAGCACUCGCAAGAGGGAGCUGGGAGCGUUUGGAGCGACCGUCGAGGCGUCUGCAAAAGACGGGCACGAGUUUAAUCUCAGCUCCAUGCUGCAGGAGUACUUCACCAACCUCAUGACGUGCGUGUUGUUCGGGAGGAAGUUCUACGGCACUGACACGCCGCUCACUCCCGAGGCCGAAGCCUACAAGGCGUCGUGGGCGAUCCAAGCGAAAGAAUCCAGGAGGCUGUUUGCCGCUGAUUACAUCCCUGCGAUGCGAUGGCUGGACACGCUCAGAGGGACGCAAAACCGACUCAAGAAUGAAGUCCUACCAGCAAGAUCUCGCUUUCUGGAAGCAGUCAUCGAGGAGCACACGAAAGACUUCGAUCCGGAAAAUCCCCGGGAUUUCGUCGACGUGAUGCUGACUCUGGGAGGAGAAAACAAGCUUAGCAACGACCAGAUCAUCGCACUGCUCCAGGAUCUGCUGAUGGCCGGCACUGGACCGUCCAAGGGGACGAUCGAAUGGGCCAUCUCGGAGCUGAUAGUAAACCCCAGAGUCCAGGAGAGAGCUCACGAGGAGCUGGACAGAGUCGUGGGGAGAGAUCGUCCCUUGGAGGAGUCGCAUCUAAAAGACCUGCCUUACAUCCAAGCCAUCGUCAAGGAAGUCUUCCGGAAGCGUCCAAUCGCGCCGCUGGGCGUCCCCCACUACAACGAUCGCGAGGUAACUCUCGCCGGCUACACGAUCCCCGCCCACACCACGGUCCUCGUGAACAUCUGGGCAAUCCAUCACGACCCAAGCAUCUGGAGCGACCCCGAGCUCUUUCUCCCCGAGCGAUUCCUGGGCAGCGACCACAGCGUGCUGGGAAACGACUUCGACCUCCUGCCCUUCUCGUCCGGGCGGCGCCGCUGCGUCGGGAUCCCGCUGGCCAUGCCCCAUGUCACGCUCACCCUCGCCUACCUCUUGCAUCGCUGGAGCUGGCGAUCGCCGCCUGGGAAGCCGAUCGAGAUGGCGGAGCUCGCGGGUAGGGGCCCGGUCGCGUCACCCCGCAUUGUCUGUGCCUCCCAUCGCUAGAACCCUAAAUUCAAUUUAGGGCUUAGACUUGAAGUUUAUCUUAAAGGAUAAGUGACACACUUAUUUGGGGCGUA